CACCAUACGACAACGCCUAAGUAGGGGAUAAGCAGCUAUUCCAGUAGUUAGUUAUUAGUAUAUAAGAAUAUACAACCCCUGAACAUCCCCACCAGGAACUUCGCAUCGCUCAAAUACUGUGAACCACAUAGUGUCAAUAUCCAAAAUAUUCUUUGGUUCAUGACUUUAUUGCCAACCGUAGCUCGACGAACUCUAACGCGAACAGUAUAUAACAAUUUGAAACAACCCAUCUUCCCCAGAUUAUCGCAGAGAGCCAACAUGACAACCGCCAUUUUCAAACAUAUCGAUAUGUCGGCAGUUCCAGAAGGGACAAAGCCGUGGGUCAAGGUAGACGCCGACGCUACCUCGUUCAAACUAGCUGAGCACAAGCGCUCAGUAAAUAAUCUUAGGGGGCAUGAAAGCGAAUUUUCUACCGAUAAGUCGGGAUUCGCGGUAUACAAGGAACCAGCCAGUGAGAAAACUUUCACGGACGACGCCGCGAUACGUAGUGGAUACUACCAAGAGGUCGAAGAUUUGCUGAAGAAGCGAAUACCCGGCAUUAAGAAGGUCGUCAUAUUCGAUCAUACUAUUCGGAGACGAACCCCUGAAGCGGCAAGAGCCCCAGUUCAACAAGUUCAUGUCGACCAGACACCUGCCGCAGCCGAAGCUCGCGUAAGGCGACACCUCCCAGCAGAUGAAGCUGAGGAGCUUCUAAAGGGUCGAUUCCAAAUUAUUAACGUGUGGCGACCCAUUGAAAACCCUGCUAGCGACUUUCCAUUAGCUGUCAUCGACUGGCGCACGACCAAGCUAGAUGACUUCGUCCCGGUAAAUUUGCUCUAUCCCAAACGCGAGGACUUCGCAAUGGACAAAGAUGAUAGGGGAAAGGAAGUACGUCCCGACGAAUCUAAGUGGUACUCGACAGAGGGGUAUGAAGUACGGGGAGAGACGAUGUCCGUGGCACCAAACACGGCCCAUAAGUUCUAUUACCAGAAGGAUAUGACGCCGGAUGAGGUAUUGUUAUUGAAGUGCUACGACUCUUGGGGUGAAGGGCAACCGCAGGGAAAAGAUGGAAUCGCAGUAAGGACGCCACAUACAGCCUUCGUUGAUCCACAAACUCCUCAAGACGCGCCUGGGAGGCAGAGCAUAGAGGUGCGGUGCUUGGUAUUUUAUGACUAGGUCCAACUCUGGAACUAUAGACUGAAUAAGAUGGACAUUGUCGUAUAGGUGAUCUUCGAAUAUAAAAAAGUUUAUUGUCUAUUAUAAUCUCGGCGGAGUAGUGAUUUCAGUGGUCCUAUACCGAUUUUGUAUACUACCUACUAAUUAGAAAUAGGGGCUGAAAGAGUUCAACGACUAAAAUCAUCGACCAACAAUGCAAAUUUACUACAAUAUUUUCAUAGGAUAGUGAG